UUCAUAACCAUUCCCAUUAAUAACGUCUUCUUUUUGCCGUUGCUAAAAACAAGAUUUUUCAAAAUCCCUCAAUUUUAUCCCCCUUUUUUGUUUAUUAUAGAAACAGCUUCAUAGAAUUUCAAAAUUGAGCUGAACCAAAACACACAGUUUCUUCAACAGUAGACAGAGAAACUUGUUCUCUUCAAUUCGUAUUGUAAGUUGGUGGAUAAGUAAUUUACAGGGAAAUGACCAAACACAAGCUUCAUUCUGAUUCAGUGGUGGGGAUGAGGUACCGCGGCAAUAGCCUCGGGCUGCCCUCUGUUUCCAAGUUUCGCAGUGGACAUAUGCCCUCUGUUAGCCGUAUGAUUGAGAGCCUCUCGGAUUCGGACAUGGACACCUCUGAUUCCGAGGGUGGGGGCUAUGGCGCUCGCGAGGCAUCGCCUCAGGACGAUAAAGUGGCCGAUGGUGGUGCGAGACACAAUGAUUUUGCCAAUGCACUGGGGAAUUGUUAUGACAGGGUCGUAGUAGGACACCGUGGCUCUGCUUAUGAUGAGUCGUCUGAAUCUGUCACUAGCUCGGAAGUGAACUCCACCCCGGACACCACUAGUAGCAACAGCGUCUCAGUGGAGAAACGGUACAAUGCAGGGGCUGAUCCGUCUAGCACCAGUGUGCAGCCAAAUAGGCAAACCUUGAGACAGGACUCGAACAAUGUGAAUGAGCAGGAUAAGUUCUCUGAUGAUGAUACUCCAAGUGCACCUCCGCUAGCUGGGUCGUUUCAGCAUCAAAGUCGAGUUUCUAAAGACCUUCCGGCUGUUAGUGCUGAUGAUAAUCCUUGCUUAGGAACAUCUGCAGCCGAGAUUGAAUCGGACAAGUACAAGGACGCAAUACCAAGUGCUGCAGACGUUGAAACUUCUAAAGUGCCUGCUAGGAAUGCGGCUGUAUCUUCUCAUCCUUUAAGCGGCCGAUAUCCUACAUUUCAUGCAAGUGGUCUAGGCAACUGGUAUGCUGUUUUAUCUUAUGAUGCAUCUGUCCGGCUAUGCCUUCACUCGUGGGCAAGGGGCUGUAUGGAAGCUCCUCCCUUUCUGGAAAAUGAAUGUUCGCUGCUGAGGGAUGCAUUUGGGUUGAGAAAUAUAUUAUUACAAUCAGAGGAAGAGCUGAUGAGGAAAGAUCCUUCUGAACUUGUGGGUGAAGGCGCUUUUGUAAAGUCUAAGAAAACCAUCGGGAAGAUUAAAGUUCAAGUUCGUAAAGUGAAAAUGGGGAUGGAGCAACCCACUGGUUGCACGUUUACAUCUUUAAAGUCUUCAUCCAUGGUGAAGCUGGAAACAUUUCAGCAAAGGUUAUCAAAUGUGAAAUCGGUUGUGUCAUCCGAGACAAGGGCAUUGCGGACACAAAAUAUAACCCCUGUUGUCAAUUUAAACGGCUCUUUAUUGCAUAAAAGAGUUGCACACGUAAUUGUUGGGACUCGUAGGUACUUGAGAGAAGUACCCAAGCUCAUUAAAAUCGGCUUUAAUGCUUGGCGUAGAAGUGCAUCAACUUAUGAAUUGGUACAAGAAUCGUAUUCUUGUUUGUUGAGAUUGAAAAGUUCGCCCGAAGAGGACGCAUUGAGAAUGCAACCGGGAUCUGGUGAAACUCGUGUCUUCUUGCCAGAUGGAUUUGGAGAUGAUCUGAUAAUCGAAGUCCAAGAUUCAAAGGGAAAGUAUUGUGGGCAUGCUCUUGUUCAGGUGGCUGACAUUGCUGAUGAAUCGGGGGAGAAGCAUCGUCAGUGUAUUAUAUCUCGGGAACCAGAGCAUGAACAAGUUGGGAAAAUACAGUUACACAUCAACUAUUCAACCACUGCAGAUGAAAAUAGUUACAAGUGCACAUCUGUAGCAGAAACUAUCGUUUACGACUGUGUUUUGGAGACUGCGAUGAAAGUCCAACUGUUUCAGCAACGAAACUUGUUGCUACAUGGUUCGUGGAAAUGGUUGGUGGAUGAAUUUGCAUCUUAUUUUGGCGUUUCAGAUGCAUACACAAAGCUCAGAUACCUUUCAUACGUGAUGGAUGUCGCCACACCAACAGCAGAUUGUCUUGACUUGGUGCACGACUUUCUGCUGCCCGUGGUAAUCAAAGGCAAAAGUAAGCACACACUGAGUCACCAAGAGGUCCGUCUUCUGGGAGAAGUUUCUGAUCAAAUUGAGCAGAUACUCACUCUGGUCUUCGAGAAUUACAAGUCACUUGAUGAAUCAUUGCCGUCGGGUAUUAAAGAUGUAUUCGGACCUGCAACAGGAGUAGCAGCACCUGCACUUGAUCCGGCUUUGAAGCUCUACAAAAUGUUGCACGACAUUCUUUCACCUGAGGUGCAGUUAAAGCUGUGCAGAUAUUUCCAGAAUGCUACGAGAAAAAGGUCAAGGAGGCACUUGUCAGAAACUGAUGAGUUCAUUUCGACCAAUAACGAAAACAUUUUAUUUGAUCCUGUGGCCGUCUCCACAGCAUAUAAGAAAAUGAAAACACUUUGCUUGAAUAUCCGCAAUGAGAUCCAAACAGACAUUGAAAUCCAUAAGCAGGAUCUUCUUCCUAGUUUUAUAGAUCUUCCAAACCUUUCAUCAUCAAUAUAUAGCACCGAACUCUACAGCAGAUUAAAAGAGUUCCUCGUUUCUUGCCCUCCUUCCGGUCCUUCGCCUCCAGUUGCAGAACUUGUGGUAGCUACGGCCGAUUUUCAAAGGGAUCUUUCUUUGUGGAAUAUUAGUUAUAUCAAAGGAGGGGUUGAUGCUAAAGAGUUGUUUCAUGUGUACAUAACCAUUUGGAUCCAAGAUAAACGUCUUGCUUUACUCGAUUUAUGCAAACUCGACAGGGCAAAGUCCGCCUCCUUUCGGACAACUCCAUUCAUUGAUGAUAUCUAUGGCCGGAUAAAGGAGACCCUGACCGAAUAUGAUGUGAUUAUCAGUCGCUGGCCGGAAUAUACUUUUGCUUUGGAAACUGCCAUAGCGGAUGUUGAGAAGACGGUGGUCGAGACCUUGGAGAAGCAGUAUGCCGACGUCCUAUCUUUAUUGAAAGAAAACACGAAUAAUAAGAGAUUUGGUCUCAAAUAUGUCCAGAAAUUCACAAAGGGAAAUUCUCCUCCUUAUGUUGUUACUGCAGAGUUGGGCAUCCUUCUGAACUCGAUGAAAAGGAUGCUGGACAGUCUGCGUCCCCAGAUAGAAGCGCAGCUGAAGCAGUGGGGCUCGUGCAUGCCUGAAGUCAGUAUGAUCCCCGGAGAGAAACUGAGCGAGAUUACAGUAAUGAUAAGGUCCAAAUUCAGAGCUUACGCACAAGCUGUUAUAGAUAAGCUCGUUGAAAAUACGAAGCUGCACAAUGUGACGAAGCUGAAGAAGAUAAUUCAAGACGCUAAGGAAAACGUGAUAGAGUCCGAUUUGAGGCAGAGGAUGCAGCCUUUGAAGGAGAUGCUGACUAAUACAAUCAAUCAGUUGCACAGCGUGCUUGAAGCUCAAGUCUUUGUGAUGGUCUGUCGUGGUUUCUGGGAUCGAAUGGGCCAGGACGUCUUGAAGUUUCUAGAAGGCAAGAAGGAGAACAGGUCAUGUUCCAAAGCCUCGCGAGUCGCAGUAAAUGUUCUAGACGACGCGUUUGCAUCACAGAUGCAGCAGUUGAUGGGCAACGCACUGCUGGAGAAGGACUUGGAGCCCCCACGGUGCAUUCUUGAAGUGCGGUCAAUGCUCUGCAAAGAUUUGACGAACAACAAGAGAGACAACUACUACUAUUAGAGACGAGGGGCUUGAACGUGACUGGAUCUGCUCGUUGCACGGCUAGGAUUGGAGGUAACUUGAGAAGUAGGAAUAGCAGAGAGCAGAACUUGGUUUGAUUAAAAAUGAAUGUUCAAAAUUAAUUUGAAGAGGGAAAGAAAAGGGCCAAUAGCUCAUGGCCAUCCGCACCACAAACAAUACAUGUAUUCAUAAGUUGUGAAUUUUUGUAUUCAAAACAUGUUUCCUCGUAAAUAAAGAAUUGUGACUCAACAUUUUCAUAA